AUGCUCGAUGAAGAUAUAAUGAUUUUCUGCCCUAUUCAUAAUUAUGAAAUCGUAUUUCUUGAUAUUCAUGAAGGAAUUCCUCUAGGAGAAAGGGCUUGUUGUAGAGGGUGUUGUAAUAUCAAAAGAGCAUAUAAUAUUGAAAAAGCAAUAAAUAAGAUCAAUUCUUAAAGACUUUUGGAAACCUAGAUUAUCAAUACUAAUUUAGAUAAAAUAAUGGAGGAAAUAAACUUUAUAGAAAAAAAAAUAAAAGCUUUUUAUAAAGAAAUUGAAGUUGCUUUUAAUGAAGUUUUACUUUCUAUAGAAAACUAGAAAAUAAAUCUAAAAUCUUAAGCAAAUAUUGAAAAUGAAAUAAAGAUUAAAUCUUUAAGUGAUCUUUAAAAUCUUGCAUUAAUGAUAUGUUAAUUAGAAAACAAUUAGAAUAAUAAUUUUUUUUAGUUCAAAUAAUUAGAUAUGAGUGUUUAUUUAAUAGAUCUACAGAAUAAAUUAGAAAAGGUUCAGAAUAUUGUUGAUUAAUAUAUGACAACAAUAAAAGCUACUAAAAUUGAUUCAGAAUAAUAAAUAGUCUUUCGAAAUAACUAUUAAGUGAUUUAAACUUAUCAAAUGGAUAAAUGGAUUGAUCCAAUAUUAUUUUAAUAAGAUAACAAUAAGGCAAUUAUAUGUGAUUGUUCUGGAAUUAUGGAAAUUAAUUUUGAUAAUAGCAAAUUUAUAGUUCAGCGUUUAAUUUAGAUAAAUAAUAUUACAGGAAUUUGUUUAGAAGCUAAUCUAAACUUAAUGAUAAUAGCAGGUCAAGAUGCUUUAAUUUCAAUUUGGCAAAAAGAAAAUUAGAAUUGGCAUCUACGUUCAUCAUAUAAAGGACAUACUUAAUCAAUUAAUAAAAUAAUAAUAAAUGAAUCUAAAUCUUAGGUUAUAUCUGCUGGAUUAGAUCAUAAAAUUGUUAUAUGGAAUAGAAAAGAGUUAAAAUUAGAAAAAUAGAUUUCUUUAAAAGAACACAAAAAAAGUGUCACAAGUUUAGCUUGGAAUUAUUCUGGAGAAUAUUUUGCAUCUGGAAGUGCCGAUAAAAGUAUAAUUAUUUGGAAAUCUAAUAAUGGAUAAUGGAGUUUACAUUAAUAAAUAAGUGAUAAACAUUAAGAAUUAAUUUCUGAUAUUGUUUUUGACAAUUAUGAUAAUAUAUAUACAGCAGCUGAGAAUGUAAAUGUAUGGAAAUUAGAUAAUAGUAAGAAUUAUAUAUUUUAUUUAAAGAUAAAAACUUAAAAUCAAGUCAAAAAAUUAUUUUAUAAUAAACAUCAUUAAUAUUUAAUUAUUUUAUAAAAAACAAUAGAAAUCUGGAAAAUUGUGAAAGAUUAGAUAGUUCAUAAAUAAUCAAUAAAUGGUGAAUAUUAUAAUCAGGCAAUCUCUAUUAAUGGUUAAUUUAUACUUGCUUAAAAGUAUAAAAACCAAGAAUUAGAAUUAUUUGAAUUAAAAUAGUUGUGAUUAUGGAAAAAUUUAUAGAUUACCUAUUAAAAUUAAUAAAUUUAUGUAUAAAUAUAUUAAUUUAAACACUCAUCAUCUAAAUCUGAAUGUAGAGAUAUAAAAUAACUUAGGCAAAAGAAAUGUCGAAGUUUAAUUAUAUUUAUAAUAAUAAAAUUUGUUCCAGAAUUUCUAUUCUUUAUUUAGGGAUGUUCACAUCGAUUAAUUAUAAUGAAAAAUCAUUAUGACACUUUGGGCUUAGAGAGGAAUGCUUAACCUAACCAAAUCAAGAAAGCCUAUCAUAAAUUGGCCCUUUAGUGCCAUCCAGUAUUAACAUGCUGAUGUCUUUUUAGGAUAAGAAUAGUGAUUUUAAGGCAACUGAUUAAUUUCACUAAAUAAACGAAGCCUAUAAUACUCUAUCCAAAGAAGAAUCCAAAUCAAAAUAUGACAAAAGACUCUAAACCAGAGACAAUUUGAAUGACCUGCUAAACUACUUUAAAUGGUAACAGGAAGAACCAUAUCUAUAAUAUGAUAUAAGAGAUGAUUUUAUAUCUAAAGAAGAUCGAGAAUUCUUAAGAAACUUUUCAAAUAAACAAGACACAGAAACAAUUAAAAAAAAGAGAAUUCGAAAAAAAAAAUGAAAAUCUUACCUUUACAAAUAAAUUAAUAAAAAAAUCAUAAAUUGGAUCAGAAAUAAUUAUCUUU